AGGAGACCAAGUGAAUUUGGUCCCUUGAAAAUAGAACAGCAAUUCUGCAAAAACUAGAAAGUGGGAAGAAGUGGGCAAGUGGUCACAAGAUUUUCCAAAUGGCGGGCCUUUCUUUUGAACUAAAUAGUAGUAGUAAAUACAUUUCCAAAAAGCAAAUACAUACAACCUAAAAAAGUGGACAACCUUACUCCAACAUGAAUCCCACUUCCCUAUUUAACAGCCUAACUGCCCCAUAACUGCUUCUAUUUCAAUUCUUUUUUUUUUUACCUUCCAAGAAGCACAAUUCUACUAGCAAAUUUCCAACAUGAAGUGGGGUAAAAAGAAACCUUCAUCUUCAUUGAUCACUCAUGUUUUCCCUGUUUCUUGGCUUUCAAAAUUCAAGCAAAAGAAGGACGGCAGCAGUGAGCAUCAAGAAGCAGCAAAGAUGAAGCACAAGGGAAAGGUGGAUUUGACUUCUUUCACCUCGCGGACGAAUGUUAGUUUAAAGGAAGGAAGAUUCUAUGGUGGGGAUGAUGAUGAUGAUCCUUAUUGGAGGCUUUCUUUUACUGAAGACAGAUUUGAAGCUCAUCCUCAGCAUCAACAGAUUCAGAAUCCACUCUGGUGUGGUUCUUAUGAUGAAUUUGAUCAAGAUUCAACUUGGAAUUCCAAGAGUAGUUUGGGAGAAGAGAAUCAUAAGUUCAAUGAUAUGGUUUCUAGAAAGAUAAGCGAAAAGCCCAAGAAAAUGUUGAUUUCCCAGAAUAAAGCAGAAUUCAGCAACAGAAAGAGGAAUUCUGUCAAAGAUGAGAAGUUGAGGAAACUUAGUAGAAAAGCUUUGGAGGAAAGAAUAGCGGAAAAUGCUAGAGAACUUGGUCAAGAAGAAGAAACAGCAGCAGAGGUGAUAGAGAAAGAUAUAUUCGAAAUAGAACCCGAGAAUGAGAAGGUACUGAAAAGGGGGAAGGAGAAACCAACAGCCUAUAAUUCAAGAAAGACGCGGAGUGUGUCUAACACGGAUUCCAGUCUGAAUUCAAUGGACGAAAAUUGCAUGAUGUUCAAAACUCUGAAUCUAGAGGAAGAAGCUGAUGCAUUGUCUGAAGAAGAAUUUGAAUCAGAAUGUCUAGAGAUGAAAGACAUGAGGAUCAAAGAAAUGUCAGAGAAAAGUGUUUAUCAGCAGAGAAAAUCAGUAUACAUAAACCAGAAGAGAAGAAGAAAACAUGGUGUUAAAGUCAGAGCAUAUUCACCACGAACAACAGCCAAGAUGGAAUGCAGAAUCAAAGCUCUUGAAGACAUGAAGAAAGCAAAGAUGAAGAUGAGACACGAGACAAAGGAGAGAUUCAGAGGAGACAGGACAGUUUUCGAUAGCUAUGCUAUUAUGAAGAGUUCAUUUGACCCUUUCAGCGACUUCAGAGACUCGAUGAUUGAGAUGAUAUCACAGAGAGGGAUAAAAAACUCAGAGGAGCUUGAAGAGUUAUUGGCUUGUUAUCUAACACUCAACUGUGAUGAAUACCAUGAUCUCAUUAUCAAAGUCUUUCGGCAGGUAUGGUUUGAGCUGAACCAGGUCAAUAUUGGAGCAGAAUUACAGAAAUGCUGUUGUUCUGAUGACUAACAAUUGCUUAGUUUGAGUUUCUUAA